AUGAUAGGAUGUAAUGCAUUAUUAAUGGUAAUGAGGAUUUGUACAGUAUUCAUGAGUAAUUAUGUGAAUGUAAUUAGCAUAGUGAUGAUAGUAAUAAGUGUAGGAAUGCUAAUAACAAGUAUAGUGGUGAUUAUAGAUCCUAAGAUUAAUAAAGGUAAGAAUAACGAGAGUAAGAAGAGUGGUGAAAAGAAUGGGAAUGGUAAAGGUAUAAUGACUAAGAAUGCGAUAUUGAUUGGAUUUACAUGUGUAAUGAUAUUGAGUGGAUGGAUAGCACAGGUUAUGGAUAUGAAUAAGAAUAAUGAAACGAGCAAUGAAAUAAUGCAAGAGUAA